CUGGCGCGGCGCUGCGGUCUGUGGGGUGGCGCUGCUGCGCUGUGCCUCGCGACCCGUGCGCUAGCUGCGCGCAAAGCGCAAAACAAACAUGGCGGACACGGAGUUCGAAGAGUUCCGCCAGUGUUUCGAACGGUUGCCGCAGCACAUCAAAGCCACCGCGCAGACGUACACGCUGGUCCACGACCUGGUGCUGGACGACGACACGGACGGCUCCAGCGGCUCGGCGCGCAGCGACUCGGACGCCUCCAGGGACGGCGAUGGCGGCAGUCUCGACGCGGCGCCGCGGGCUCGGGACGCUCGGGACGACGCGGCGCUGGCCGGCGACCGCUUCGGCAGCAGGCUGGAGACUCGUCUGGAGGCCCCGCCGCGGCCUCGCUACGUGUGGGAGGGCCUCAAGGAGCAGCCCCCGCCCACCCUGGGCACCCUGGGCAGCCUGGCGGGGCAGGGCGCCGCGGCGGCGUCCGGCGGACCCCCGCGAGAGCGGAGACGCCGCCGACUCCCUGAAAUACCGCAAAGUGCCAAGAAUGCCGCCUCCGCGUACUGGAACUCGGGGUGCGCGGGCUGCAGCACCUGCCGUUCGGCGAGCCUCGUCGGGGGCGGCGCCGGAGGCGGACCCAUGUCGCUGGCGGCCGAGCUGGGGGCGGUGGGGGCGGCCGACCUGCCCGUGUUCGCGCCGGGAGGCAUGACGCGGCCCCUGCUCGUGCUCAAGUGCACGGGGCUGGACGGGCCCGGGGCGGGCUCCCCGGACUCGCAGACCGACACCUUGGACUCGGGCCACUCCACCAUGCACUCGCCGCAGCUGCAGCACGACUCCCUGUCCCCCAACUCGGGCUCGGCGCCGGGGUCGCCGACGUCGUCCUCCAUGGACAGCGCGACCGGGCGGCUGCCGCUGUCGCAGCUGGAGCUGCUGGAGGCCACGCACCGCGGCCUCUACAAGUUCGUGCCGCGGCACCGCGACGAGAUCGACGUGGAGAUCGGCGACCUCAUCUACGUGCAGAAGGAGGCCGACGACCUGUGGUGUGAAGGAGUGAACCUGCGGACGGGCCGGCAGGGCUGCUUCCCCUCGGCGUACGCCGUGGACCUGGAGUACACGGAGCUGGACCCCAGCGAGCCGCGCGUGCGCCGCGAGAGGUUCCUCAUGCGCUACUUGGGCUCCGUGGAGACGCAGCGGCACAAGGGCACCGCGGUGCUGUCGGCCGCCGUCAAGAAGAUGGUGGACCAGGACGGCAACCCCAAGGGCCCCUACACGUCGUGCGUGCUCGAGGUGUCCGACAAGGGGCUGCGCAUGUCGGACAGCGGCAGGGGGAAGCGCGCGUCGCGGUCGCCGCCGAGGUCGUCGCCGCCGCUGGACUACUUCUACUCCUUGAAGCACGUCUCGUUCUGCGCGUACCUGCCGCGCGACCAGCGCUUCAUGGGCUUCAUCACCAAGCACCCGCAGAUGCAGCGCUUCGCGUGCCACGUGUUCCUGGGGCAGGAGAGCACCAGGCCGGUGGCCGAGAGCGUCGGGCGGGCGUUCCAGAGAUUCUACCAGAAAUACGUGGAGACUGCGUUCCCAGUAGAGGAUAUUUACAUUGACUAGGGAUCCAACAAAAUUAUGCGAGAGAAAUACUCGGGGCCGGCGUCGGUCCGCACGACUGUGUUACGCUGUUUGAUUGUACAGCCGAAUGUCUCUUCCCUGCAGCCCACACUGUUUGGCUGUCGCUUCAUAGAACUGGACCUCCAACAUUGUCGCAUGUACCUGUUUUCUUUCUUCAAAGUAGGGGACAAUAUUCAGUAUGGCAAUCAAUCCCGUAAAUUUCAUGACGUUUCGUUUCCCCCCAAAAUCGUAUUCGAUUUAUUAUGAAAAAAAAUCCUUCAAAAAUAAAUUUUUAAAAAACUAGCGGUGUUGGCAGAGAACGACCAAUAAUUGUGUUUUCUUCGCGCAAGAAUAUUUUAAAACACAUCCCUUUUCGAAUAGUAAGACUCCCUAUUAGUAUUGUAAUGAAUUAUUAGUUUAUGUUCUCGACCGUUUAGGGGGCGCUUUCGAUCCAUUUCGAAAUAAAAACUGAUACUUCUCGCUCCGAUAGUCGAGAGCCCCCCGUGUCGUUGUGAACCAAAAGGGUGUUGAAAAAAAUGGAACAGCUGUGUUCUUACCCGGGCAAUAACGGGGCACGCUGGGCGGGUCACAUUUAAUAAUACCGUUUCUAUGACUACGACUUUCUAGAUCGUACGCACGAUUUUCGCAAAGCAUGACCAUUGGCUUGCCGCGAGGCGCGCUUCUCCUCUUUCGAUUCAUUCAUCUCGCUUGCGGACUCGCCCUUCUUUUGUCUGAUCUCUAUGCCAAAGUUGCCAUUAACCAAUCAUAAGCUCAAAGUAUUUUUUUGAAUCGCAUUUAUCUGUUUCUUGCGGCUCAACGAGUAUUAACUUUAUGCUUUUUCCACUAAGACACCAAAUGUCAGAAAAUUUGUAAUCGUUGAGGCUGGGAGGGAUGCAGGUCUUUGUCAGUGAGUAAAGUACUCCAAGUUUAGGCACGUUUCUGCUGUUGAAAGGUGCCGAAAUUUGGGGCAUUUUCUGUGAUUUUGCCUUAUGGUGGGAGAUUUCUUAGGUGUUUCUAGUCUGAGAUGUGUGAUACCUUUUUCUUGCACUCAUUGCAUAUCACCCGAGAGUAAGCUGGAAGAAUGCUGAGUAGACUACCCUCCUACACGCAAAGUAGUGCAAUUAGAGUCUAGUUGUUUUUCUUUGAGUGCGCACUUAUUAAGUGGACAAUUAAAAUGUUUGUGACGACGUAGUUUGAUUGGCAAGCUGGGUUCUAGACCUUAAUUCAUAACCCAGCCAUGCAUCUAUUCAAAAGACGCCAACAUGUUCCCCAAAGUGAGUCACCAGAUGCCGACAAUGUGGAUGUUUCUAGACUUCCCUUUGACCUUCUCUAGGUCCAAUUAGUCAUUCGCUUCUCGUCGCUGUGAUAAGAACUCACCACGGUAGGGUGGUGAUUUCGUUUCUAUGUCGCGAACUUUUAUUUUUAAGUCUAUCACAAAAAUAUUAACCCCCUUAAGUUAUUUCAGCAUUUAAUUUCAGUAUUAAAUAAAUUAAAUAAAUGUGCGUGUGUCUGCUGAGCACCACAGUAAAAGAAUCAUUGUAAUUAGUUGUAAAUACUGUAAACUAGAAACAAUGAUGGUGCCGUUGUUGUGUAACCAGAAGUGGACAAUUGUCGGGGGCGAAAAGUUUACUUCUGGAAUAGUUCGGAUGGCCGUGCAGACCCUCUUCGUUCUGGCUUUCGGCGCGUUCCCAUCCUAGCUAGCGCUCAUUAGGAGUGGAACCGGAAAUCGUUGUUUGGAGCCAACGCGAUGUACAUAGGAUUGCCCGCGAGGCGAGGCUGACAAUACUCUUAAAUACGUGUGAAUGCGAGCGAGUGAUGCGGUUUGUGAAUUGGAAUAAAUGAGACGA